AUUUCUGAAGCAUCAUAGCCCCAAAGCGGUUAUGAAUAAAAUCAAGCAAGAAUUCAUGCAGCUCAGGCACAAAAACGAGACCAUAGACAAGAUCACGGCAACGUUUAUGGAUAAAAUGAAGUUUUGUGAUGAUCUUGUAACAAACGAAGAACAAAGGAUAUAUUAUUAUCAUAACAUGUUGAGUGCCGAGUAUAGAGAGUUUAUCACCCCUUCCAAAUACGAGACCCUUACCGAGAUUAUAAAUGCUGCUCGGGAAAGGGAAAUAGAGCUGAAAAAGAGUAUCGAAAGGGGUGAACGGAGGGCACCUGAUGUAAAUCCCAGCCCUACCAAAAAGGCACGAACAAGUGAGAGCUCAAAGAAGUCUGAUACGAAAGGCGGGUCACCGGGUUGCAAAAUUUGCGGGAAGGGCCAUAAAGGCGAAUGUCAUUACAAGGAUAAGCCUUGUCCUAUAUGCAAGAAAACGGGACAUAUAGCCUUAUCAUGCCCGGAGAAGGUAACGGUUUGUUACAAUUGUUACCGAACGGGUCAUAAGAAAGCAGAGUGCCCGGAGUUGGUUGAAAAUAAGGGUGGGCAGGAACAGAAAGGUGAAGCCCCCAAAGCAAAGGCGAGGUCUUUUCAACUAACAGCCGCUGAAGCAAAGAUUGAACCUGACGUGGUCUCAGGAAAAGAAGCCGGGGCAUCUAGUGGACAAACCGGUGUGGACGCUCGUUUGAAGGGCUCGCUUUGAAAGGUGAUUAGAAGUCAAGGAUGGCGAUCAAGCGACAAGAUGAAUGAACCGAACACUCCAUUUCGAAGCUUCCGCUAUGUUAAACUUGUUAAACAGUG